AUGACAAAGAGGCUGUCUGUCAAGGCACUAGACAAUAGUCUUCGUGAUAUAAUGGAUCGAGCAGAGCUACCAUUUGGAGGGAAGACCGUGGUGUUCGGUGGAGAUUUUAGACAGGUUCUUCCUGUUGUUCGGAGAGGAUCAAGGGCUCAAAUUGUCGGUGCCUCGCUGCGGAUGUCGUACCUUUGGGAUUCUAUGCGACAUCUAAAAUUGGUGCGUAACAUGAGGGCAAAGAGCGACCGGUGGUUUGCGGAAUACUUGUUGCGUGUCGGUGGAGGGUCUGAGGAGGCGUCUAUUGAUGAUAAAAUUCGCCUUCCUCAUGAUAUAUGCAUACCGCACACUGGGGAAGAUAGUGAUCUUGAUACUCUAAUUGAUUGCAUAUUCCCUAACCUCAAUGCAAAUAUGUCAAGCAAAGAUUAUAUCACCUCUCGAGCGAUCUUAUCUACGCGGAACGACUGGGUUGAUAUGAUUAAUAUGAAGAUGAUAGGUCGUUUUCAUGGAGAUGAGAUGGUGUACCAUAGUUUUGACUGUGCGGUGGAUGAUCCACAUAACUACUAUCCUGAAGAAUUCCUUAACACUUUGACACCCAAUGGUCUACCUCCACAUGUGUUGAAGUUGAAGAUUGGUUGUCCAGUCAUAUUGCUUAGGAACAUUGACCCUGCGAAUGGACUUUGUAAUGCUUCGAUGACCGUUAACAAGGCACAAGGACAGACUAUCCCCAACGUCGGGGUAUACUUGCCGGAACCAGUGUUCUCGCAUGGCCAAUUGUAUGUGGCGCUAUCAAGAGCUACGUCAAGAUCGAACAUUAGGAUCUUAGCCGUGCCGGUUGUUGAGAAGGACAUGAACAAGGAAAAGGGGAAAGGGAAGGGGAAGGGGAAGAAGAAACCGACAAAGGAUAUAUUCACAAAGAAUAUCGUAUAUAAAGAGGUUCUAACUCCAUGA